CUCCGGGUGUGCUAGGGUUCAGGUCAAAAAAGAAAAACAAAAACAAAGUGUACUAGGGUUCGUUGCUGGCCACUCAUCGAUCGUUCCCGGAGCCGGCGGCGACCGCGAUGCCCGGGAAGAAGAACGCGGAGCCGGCGCCCGCCGCCGUCCCGCCCCAGCCCGCGCCGAUGCCGCCUGUGAAGAUGUUCAGGUCAAACGACGGCGGCGGGUGGGACGAUUACGGAGCCGGCCGUGUCACCAUCGACCACCUCGAGGGGUCGACAUCGGAGAAGGAGAUCGUUCUGGCUGUCAUAGACGCGGAGAACAAGGAGACGAUGCUUUUGCAUCUCAUCACCCCGGACGACAUUUACAGGAGGCGACGAGGGACGUUCAUCUCGUGGUUCGAUCCCGAGACCGGCUUGUCCAUCUCCUUGAGCUUCCUGGACGCGGCGGCGUGCUCCGAUGUGUGGGACACGAUCUGCCAAGUGCAGAGAAAACUGAGGCCUGAUGGUUGGUAGUAGGGAUGGCAGUGGCGCCGAUGGUCCUCAAGAACAGUUUACCCUAUGAAGUGAAGCUGAUGAGUUUGGAAAUUUACCCUAUGAGGUGAAGCAGAGUACCGCAGUGGCCAUCAAGGCUCAAGAUCUGAAAACCAAUCAAUAACCUCUGUUGUUUUCUUCAGGACUUACUGAAUUAGGAUGCCCUUUUUCGCAGCGCCAUGUGCAGAGUACACACAAUUAAUUUUAUGUAAUAAACAUCACCUCUGUUGUGAUUAUUAUUUUUGAGCUGCAUCAACAUUGCUCUAUAUUUAACA